UUUGUUAAUAAUCCUUAACGAGAAUAAGAAGUAAAUCCAGAAUUGAAAGAAUAUAAAAGCGUAAGAAUCCAUAGAAAACAUGGAUUUUGAUACCAAUAAUAACGCGCCCAUAGAUCCGAGAUUCGCAGAGGGGUCUGAAGGGAUGAGUACGGCUGUAGAGUACGCGCGGCCGGAGACCCGACGAAAGCCCGUAUACGACAUGAACGACGACAUUGUCAUCAGUGGUAUCGCCGGAAGAUUUCCCGAAUCCGAUAAUAUGGACGAAUACGCGGACAAUCUGUUCAAGAAUAUAGAUAUGGUUACCGAAGAUGAUAGACGAUGGCCUAUAGACCUAAACUCGGGAAUCGUGGGAAGAAGUGGCAAAUUAAAAGAGAUCGACAAAUUUGAUUCAGUCUUCUUCAGCACAUUUGGUCUGUUGGCGGACGCGAUGGACCCGCAGGCGAGGAUCCUCUUGGAGACCACUUAUGAGGCCAUUUGCGACGCCGGUAUUAAUCCGCAAACACUUCGGGGCAGUCGUACCGGUGUUUAUGUGGGCAUCAAUACAGUG